AUGGCUAGCAGUCCGUCCAGAGUUUUCGCUGCUCUAUUACCCGCUGCGGGAGAUAUUUACCGGGACGAAAAUGAACCAGGGAUGGGGGGACACACGGUUACCGUUCAGCAAACCCAGAACAGCGCGAGGGGGGUCCAGGUGACGGGGAGCGCGGAGGUCUCGUGCCCAGCCGACCGCGCUACGGUUUCCGUUAGUUUCAAAAACAGCAAGGAGACGGUGAACGACGUCACCAACAGCAUCUCGAGGAGAGUAGAGUACAUUCUACAGACCCUGAGACAACAUCAUGUCAAGGUAAUUUAGAGUUCAUUCAACCAUAGAUAUCCUAUUAAAUUACUAGAGAGGGCUUUGUUAUAAAACCUUAAACUUCCAGAAUGGCGUUGAAAAUGGCAGCCAUAUUGGUCAGGGAGAAAUCCAAACCAGGAAUUGGAAUGAAUGGCAGUAGAGGCAUAAUCCUGAUUUUACUUAUGCAGGAAAAUAAAAGUUAGGCAUGUGAUAUAUCAGAAAUGGUGUAAUAGAAUUGUCAACCUAAAAUAGUAAUAGAAUUAUAAAUACAGUUUAUAAGUGUUUUAUACAAAUUUUCAGUAUAAAUAACCUUUAAAAUAUAUGUAUACAGACCAUAAAUGUAUCAAUGUUUGUUUUUUUGGAAAGCUGUGAGUGCUAUUGUAUGAUACAAGUAUAGGUAUUUGUUGCAUUUACACAACUUGUCCUAUCAUCAACUGAUUUCAGCCAGUGUAUGGCUGUGGAUUGACUGCAUUGUUUGAAUGGAAUGUUGGCAGCAGCUAAUUAGGGAUCCUAAUAAAUACAAAACAAUGACCAAAAUGUCUGACCUUUAUACCGUCAUAUGAAGGUUCAUGUCUAUUCUAGUGUUAUAAUUCCUAAUUAUAAGUUCAAAUAACUGUUCAUAUAGAUAUAUUGGCAUAUAGGCCUAAAACAAUUAAAUAGGAUAUCUAUUGCUAUUGGUCCCAUAGUGUUAAAUUCAUAUCCCAGCUGUGUAAUGCAGUAUUUCCCAACUCCAGUCCUCCAGUACCACCAACAGCACAGAUUUAUUUUGUAACCCUGGACAAGCACACCUGAUUCAACUUGUCAACUAAUCAUCAAGCCCUCAAUGAGUUGAAUCGUCUGUGGCUACAACUAAAAUGUGUGCUGUUGGGGGUUCUGGAGGACUGGAGUUGGGCAACUGGUGUAAUGCAAUGCCAGUGACAUUAUUGACAGACAGACACAGGGCAAACAUCCAGUCAGCACACUGUGACUGACUGACACAGCUGUCUAAUCCCAAUAAAAGUAGGACGUUUGAAGAUUUCUCUUCUCUCCAUCCUCCUCUUUACUUUUCCUCUCCACACUUCUUCUCCUCCUCUCACCCUGCAGGGGGAAGAGUUGACAGUGACGAGAAACAUUUACAGAGCUGAUGACCUGUACCACAUGGAAGCUCAGGUAGGUCCCCCGUGCUGAAAUCCCUAAACCUUUAUGUACAGACUGAAAUAGGCCAUGCAUUAACAUGGGAAAGGAAUGGAGACUGGUCUGAGAAGUGUUGGAAGUUAUAUUCUAGUUCAUGCCUACUGUGAGAAGUCCAGCAGAUCAUAUCAAUCAGAACACUGGGUUCAGCCUGAUCAGAGCCAUUACUGUUGUUGAGCACAUGCAUACAUACACGCAUAUGCAGGUAUGAGUCAUGUUAAAGAGCUGCUCCUGGUGCUGAGCUGAGAGGAAGGUGUCCUGAAUGUUGUACAUUAUAGCUGUGUGUAAUAAAAUUGCAUUUGCUGGGUGCUUAUAUUUGGCCUGUUUUACAUAUGUACAAAUGUUUUUUGCAUAUCCCAACUCCCCCUGAGAAUGGGGUCAUAGCCAGGGUCAGCCAUUAUCAGCAGCGACCUUGGCGCAAUUAGGGAUAAGUGCCUUGCUCAAGGGCACAACAACAAAAUGUCCCCCCUUAUCGGCUCGGGGAUUCUAACUAGCGACCUUUCGGUUACCGGCCCAACAAUCUAACCACUGUGUGUUUUUACAGGUGAUGGUGGUGUUCUCAGACUUUGGUCAGAUGGAGAGAGUGUGUGUUGUUCUGUUGGAGAAGCUGGAUAAGAGUGUGUGUGUCAGCGUGCCUCACUUCUACCACAGUGAAGAGUGUCUCAGCCUAUUGAGGUAACACACACACACACACACACACACACACACACACACUACUUACAUAAUAAAUGUGUGUGUGUGUGUCCAGGCGGCGUGUGUGUGUAGCAGCAGCAGAGAACGCUCGUCUGAAGGCGUCUGAGAUGAGCAGCAUGCUGGGACAGACUCUGGGGCACCCCCUACUGGUCAGAGAGGAAGAGGCCACAGAGAGGAGAGAUGCAGGGAGAGAAAGAGUGAUGGAAGGAGGAGAGGGGAGGAGGGGGGAGGGGGUACACAGGCCAAGCAUCACUGCGACCUCUCGUGUGUUUGUCACCUUUAACCUCCGACCCAAAGACAGAACCAGGAAGAAGUUCUGA